ACCGCAGCCCGCAACCUGCCGCCGCCGCUGCCGCCGCCGCCGCCUCUGCCAGGUUGCGCUUCAGACUGUCAGAUAAAGCGGCGGGCUGAGCCGGCGGGGCGGCGAGCACGGCCCGGGCCGGACAUGGCGGCGCUCUACGCCUGCACCAAGUGCCAUCAGCGCUUCCCCUUCGAGGCGCUGUCUCAGGGGCAGCAGCUGUGCAAGGAAUGUCGGAUUGCACACCCUGUUGUGAAGUGCACCUACUGUAGGACUGAGUACCAGCAGGAGAGUAAAACCAGUACAAUAUGCAAGAAAUGUGCUCAGAAUGUGCAGUUGUAUGGAACGCCCAAACCUUGUCAGUACUGCAAUAUCAUUGCAGCCUUUAUCGGCAACAAAUGCCAGCGCUGCACAAACUCAGAGAAGAAGUACGGCCCACCGUACUCUUGUGAACAGUGCAAGCAGCAAUGUGCGUUCGACAGGAAAGACGACAGAAAGAAGGUAGAUGGGAAGUUGCUCUGCUGGCUCUGCACACUUUCAUACAAACGGGUCCUUCAGAAGACCAAAGAGCAGAGGAAGCAUCUGAGCAGCUCUUCCCGUGCCAGCCACCAGGAGAAGGAGCAGUACAGCCGACUGAGCAGCGGUAGCCAUUAUAACAGCCAGAAAACGCUUUCUACGUCUUCAAUUCAAAAUGAAAUUCCAAAGAAAAAAUCCAAGUUUGAGUCCAUCACAACCAAUGGAGACAGCUUUUCCCCAGACCUGGCUCUGGACUCACCAGGCACUGACCACUUCGUCAUUAUUGCCCAACUGAAGGAAGAAGUGGCCACUCUGAAGAAGAUGCUGCAUCAAAAGGAUCAAAUGAUUUUAGAGAAAGAGAAGAAGAUCACAGAGCUGAAGGCUGAUUUUCAGUACCAAGAAUCUCAGAUGAGAGCCAAAAUGAACCAAAUGGAGAAAACCCACAAAGAAGUCACAGAACAAUUGCAGGCCAAAAACAGAGAGCUCCUGAAGCAAGCAGCUGCCUUGUCCAAGAGCAAGAAGUCGGAGAAAUCAGGAGCUAUCACCUCUCCGUGAGAGACUGCAAGGAGCAGUAACAGCAGUAACAGCACAUGGAUUUCUGGGUUAGGGUUGGAGACUUGGGAACUGCAAACUUUCUUAAGAAAUCUCUAUUUUAUUACUGUUAUCCUUCGUGUGAUUGCAGUGGGCUGGAUGGAAACACCUGGUCUGUGCCGUGUCGUGACUGCAUGCUCGAAUGUUUGCGAUUUCCAGCUCCUUUUCUCUCCCCCUUUCACACUCCCAGUCCUCUCUCUCGCUUCCCCCUUCCCCCACCUUCUCUCAGAACUACUAGCUCUCUGUCUCUCUCUUGGAACUACUCUUUCCUCCCUCUUUUUCCUCCUCUUUUUUUGUGGUGGUUACUGCUCAGUGUCACGUGCAGAAUGAUGUUUUGUCCAUCGUUGCAUCCUGCCACACCCAUGAGCAAAUAGUUUGGCAUUAAUUUCAUAUCACUGCCACCCUCUGAACUUUGGAAAACUGCCACCUUAAGACUUGGUACAAUGGACGAGGCUUUCUCUCUCCAAUAAACCUUUUGCUUCAGGGUAUACUCUUGGGUUUUUUUCCAGGUAUAUUAUGUAUGAACUUUGUACUAUGUAUAGCCAGAGUUUUAUUUAUUUUUUAAAAAAGAAACUUUCUUGAUAAAGGAAUAAUGGUAGCCUAGCUUGUUCUUCUUGUAAAAGUGAUGCCUCUUUAAAAAAAAAAAGUUCUACUCUAGCUUUUAGUAAAAGAAUCAAUUUUUUUCUUUCUUGUUACCUUGGAGUCUUAACAACUGAUUGUUAAGGUGAAAUAAUUCAAUGCAUAAGUGUGGAGUUAAGUGCCUUUUGGAGGAUGUCUUGGAAGAGCAUUUGAGAAGAUUCUUAGGGAGGUAGCAGCAGUCUGAACAGCCUGUCUUUACAAGUAAAGGCAGGGAGAAAGGUUGUCCAGGUUGUACUGGACAUUUCCCUCUCGCACCCCUUUCUGAUUGUUUCAUGUGACAGCUUUUAAAGUCUCACACUGCCACUUCUUUAAAAAAAAGCAAACAAACAACCAAAACCCUUACUUGCUUAUAUCAGUUGUCAUACUUGGCCAUUGUGAGAGAACUUUUUUUUACAUGAGCAGAUUCAAAAUGGGAUAAUAUUUGAACUACAAAGCAUUUUCCAGGUCAGUAUAAGCUAUUCAAGUAUGGACCCGGAGUCUGACUGAAAGAAAUGGUAUCACUGUACCUUCUCCCCACUCCUCCCCUCCCACCCCAGCCUGUACACUCCCUUUGAACAGAAAUGUAUUGAAAACAGGUGCUUCUCAAAAGCAGCUUGGCUUGAGCCAUAAUUGUUUAUGUCCUGUUUUCCCUUCUUGACCUGGUAAGCGGGCACAUGAAUUUACUUUCCUAGGAGAGGGGAUAAGUCUGCGUUUCUUGUCAUGCUCUCAGGUCCUCUAUGUGAUGUUUGUGAAAGAAGUUAGAGAUGUUUAGUGUGCCAUGAAACAGUAAAAUCAACUCCCUUGGAGUCAGUCAUUCAUCAUGCAAGGGGGUGCUUGACUUAGAGGCAGUCAUGAGGGUGGAGUACCUUUGUACCUCAUCUCCCCGGAUUGCAGCAGCAAGUUUAACUUGCUAGGCCUUUCCCAGAAGCAGACACCAGUGGUGACAGCGUUCUCGCAGGCGGAACCACGCACGGAACGGGGCAGAGCCGUGGAAGUGAGUGGCUUCCUCCUGAUAAGAGAAACAACGGGCCGUGUUGUUUCUGUAUCACUCUCGCAGGGGAUGUAAUUUUUCCUUUCAGGCGAGGGAGAAGGCAGUGCUAAAUAGUUUUAUAACUUUUUGAAUGAGAAACUUUUAGGUAAAGACAAACUGUCAGAUAAUAUUUUUCAGAUGCAUAUACACUGACUGUGGGGAAAAGAUUGUGAAAAAAGUCAUUUUUUUUGUUUUUUUAAAGACUUUUGAGAAAUUCUGUUACAUGAAGUGACUAUAAAAACAUAUUUAGUUUUAUACUAAAUCUUUUUUUAAGGUUUUGGCACUUAAUAUAAAGCAAAUUCACACCUUUUCUAACUUUCCACAAGUUCUCAAAAGGGAAAGAAGAAACCUCAGUCUUGCAAUUUUGGUUUUUAAAAAUCAUGACAACGUUUUACCAUAAAAUUGAGUAGCUAACUUUUGGUAACACCUUUUGUUUAUUUGUAUGUUUGUAAUAACAGACAUUUUAAAACAUAGGAAUGUUUUGGUUUGUACAGACUUUGACAAAUGUGUGUUAAUAAAACUUCAUAUUGACUCAA